UACCGUUGCUGGCCUCAUCUAACACGCCAAAUCGCCAACACCCGAUUUCAGUCUGAACACCAAAUUCGCCACACAUUUUGUUUGUUAACAACUCGAUCAACCGUCGACGAGUUGGACCGGUACUACAAUUUCCUGAUGAAGUAGGAACCGGCAGCUCACCAGCAUUACCGACUCGUUCAACAACUUCCAUCGGAGAUCACUCCUAUAAAAUCCACACCACCACGGGCCCAAAAUCAACACAAAACAGGGCCAGUAGCAGCACCCCGUUUCCGAGCACCUCUUGGCAAGCUGACCGAUCGCAUCAGGCAGUAGCAAAAUCCUAGCAAGAAAAAUGGCAGCGAGGGCGGCGCCGUUCUGGCUCCUGGCCGCGGCACUGGUCGCGGCGGCGUCCGCGCAGUCCUCCGGCUCCAGCGGCGGCGACUGCACGUCGGCGCUGGUGAGCCUGUCCCCGUGCAUGGACUACAUCAGUGGCAACGGCACGUCGGCGCCCAGCGCCUCGUGCUGCUCGCAGCUCAAGGCCGUGGUGCAGUCCAAGCCGCAGUGCCUCUGCGCCGCGAUCGGCGGCGACGCCUCGUCGUCUCUCGGCGGCGUCGAGAUCGACCGGUCGCGCGCGCUCGGCCUCCCCGCCGCCUGCAACGUCCAGACCCCGCCCGCCAGCCGGUGCAACGCCGGGUCGUCGGGCGGCGGAUCGAAGGCGACGCCGUCCCUGCCGUCCGGCGCCGCGGCGCUCCGGGGGCCGGCGGGUCUCGUACUCGGCCUCGCCGUGGCUGCGGUCUACGCCGUGGCUGCUGCGUGAUUCGUGAAGCGUGGUGGUUCAGGAUUUCAGGACGCGUUGCGUCGUGUGAACUUUCGUUUCAGCAAUACGGGGAGGAGGAUUUUGAGUGUCGUGUGUGCCUCUAUGGAUUUUCGUCAUUUGUGCCAUUGGUUGAUUCCGGGGUCGUAAUAAAUUUGCUGGUAUAUAUGCGAUGUUCAUUU